AUGUUAAGAUUGACUUAGUCAAAUCAUGGCAUAGUUGUGUUUACAUUGUUUGCUUUACUUAUCUCUUCCUGUGAUGCAAUCAAUCAUUUGAGAGGACACAUUGAAGGUAUUUAAAUAACAAUACAGUUAGAGCCCUAGAAUAAGCAUUUGUAUUCGAGCCAUUCAAAAGGGAACCCAAUCACAGCUGUUAUCAUUGGAUUCUUGUGUGUUUUUGGGGCAUUUGCUAUGUUAUGGUACAAUGAGAGAAGGUAUUUAUUUAUCACAUAACAAUAUUAGAUAAGCAAUUACUGAAUACAGAUUAGAUUAAGCAAAGAAAUAGUGUACAUCAGUCAACUCAGCAGAAGUAAAUCCUAAUACCAAUCAUUAGUUGGUUCACACAAAUGGUAAUAUAGAAACUAAUAAAUUUUAGGUGAGAGUAAAACUAGUGAUCUUGUUGUAGACGCAGCUUUUGGUUUGUCUAUGAAGGAUUGUAUUAAACUUGUCAGGACAGUUGAAAUGUACUAAUGGGUACGCAAAUCAAGAGAAGAAAAUAAAAGAACUGUUUAUUAUUAUGUUUAAGAAUGGAGUUCAACUUUCCAUUCGGAUUGUGGAGAUGGACAUUACAAUGAUAAAUCUAAAUGGAUUGUAGAAUAAGAGACCCAAGUCAAUUUGAAUGUUCGUAUCGGGGCUUAUUUAAUGAGUAAGUCUUUGGCAGAACAAACAAAUGCGCGCGAAAGUAUUCCAAUGGCUGUUAAUAAUGCAUAAGCAGUUUCAAACUUUUAUGGAUUUUCAAAAGGGUUUUAGAAUUAGUAUAAAAUUAUCUAUAUUCUAGCGAAGCAAAUGGUCAAUAUAUAUAUUUCUAAUAAAAUAGAGGAACUGUCUCCAUGAAUGAUUUGAGAGUCUCAUUUGAUGCUGCCAGAACUGGUCCUGCAACUGUAGUUUCUCAACAAUAUAACGAUACAUUCACACCAUUUGUUAUUCACGAUAAAUUUGAAUAGACCUUGGCUAGAGAUGAGAAUUUGGAGGAUAUGUCUUUAUCAUGUACCACAUGCUGUUGUUUCUGUUGCAAAUUAUGUAGAGCACUAGAGAAGCCUCUUACUUAAAUAGAUUGGAUCUUUGAAACAAUUAUGACAUAAAACUAGGUAUUUAAAUAAAAAGCAGAAGAAAAUGCAUGUAUCACAUGGGCAUAAAGAAUUGGUGGUUAUAUAUUGAUGGUAAUUAAUAUGAUUAAUUUUUUAGGGAAUUGGAUUUUGUUUGAUAUUCUCUCCAAUCUCAUGGUUGGUUUCAUGGUUCCCAUUAGUAGGAAACUUUUUAGCUUCUAUUACAGGAUUUAUUUUCUUUUUGGUCAGCUUUAUUAUAUCAAUUCCAUUUUCACUCUUAACCAUAGCAUUUGCUUGGUUAUUUUAUCAUCCAAAAUAUGGAAUUGCCUUAAUCGCACUUUCAGGUUUAGUAUCCGCAGGAAUCUACUUUUACAUCAAAAGUUAGAGUUGAAAUAUAAUAAAAAUAAUAUUAUUAAAAUCAAA